GUUACUUUCCUUUGUGCUCGCCAAGGGUAUCCCGCAGCAGGGAACGCGCCAUGGCGCGUACGACGACCUUUAUAUUCGAGACAACGGGAGGCUCUCCUAUCUUUCACAUCCCUUUUCCCAUCUCGACCCUCCAGAACCUCGCACAGGAUGUACAGAUCAUCUUCCGCAACAUCGGAGGCUCCCCGCAAUAUCAUGUCGGAGGGGCAGAGAUCGGUGUCGGACCCUCGGAUGCAUUCGACUACGAUCAGGUUGUUCAGGCAGUCCUAAAAGGACGGACCGAUGCUUCUGAGACGGGCGGGGUUCGCGUGAAGCUAGAGGACGACGUGCGUAGUCCUGGUCCUCUGCGAAUUGACAAAGGCAAGGCGCGAGCCGUUGAGCCUGAACCAGAAGAUACGAGACCAACUCCGCCGGAACCGACAUUGACGCGGGAAGAGCGUGAAGCCUUCGCCCGGGGCACCCUGACACGCGACAACUACGAUGAACUCGUGAGAAAUGCACGAGCAGAUAUGGCUUCCGCGUGCAAUCCGAAUCUGCCCCCGGAUCGCACUCUCACGGACGACGAGCAGCGUGCAUGGCAAACUUACUGGGAUGCUGUACUGCAUAUGGACCGUGUAUUCUUUGGACCUCUACGCAAUCUCGGGGCUCUCCGAUCUUGCACCGACAGCCUACUGCAAACCAUCGCCCGUGACUUUCGAGGUGGUACAGAUGUCGUCGACCACGAAGACGUUGUUGAGCAGACUCAAGAGUCCGGAACCCUCGACAUCGGUGAUGGGGCUGUCGAGUCCGCACGCGCUGCACUGCGACCGUUGCAUCAGGCAAUGCUCUCGCAAAGCCUGGAAGAGAAUGCGGAUAAUGCCAUGACACCGACCCGAUCGCAGACAAGAGCUGAGUAUGCCGCAUAUCUCAGAGGAGGACCCAGACCACGGGCUCGCAAAGAGAAUGCCGGGCGGGAAUCAUCUUCUGGGAAGCGGUCAAGAAGCGAUCACGACGGUGGACCGGUCAAACGCGUAAGGGUAGAUGAAGAUGCAAGCACCAGUCACGUCUUGCACAAACUGAAGGGAACUUGUACAGCAAACGGCGUAGGCUACGUGGCUUGGAUUCCACCGGGUCAACCGUCCCUGACGCCGACCGAACGUCAAUGGCUUGCCGAGCAGUCCGAUCUUGCCCGUCCGCCAGACUACUGGCGACCAGUCCGAUGGCUUGAGCUCGGGGAGAGGAUGUAUCAGCACGCGUCAGGAGCGUCGAUCAGGCCUCUGCACCACAGUGUCCUACUUUCAGCGUGGGAUCAGGGUGAGUGGCGUUUUCCUGGACAUGAGCAUGUGGGGAGAGUGGACGUUUCAUGGGCUGAUUGGAUUCGCUCUGAGGAUGGUCAGAGCUGGCGGGCAUCUGUAUAGUGGUAAUCUAUAGUUAUGAACAUGUAUUGACGACACUGUAUUUCAAAUAAGUUGCUCUUUUCUGCGCGCGCUCAAGCAAAUGGUCGAUCAGAGCGAUGGCAACGCUGUUUGAUCGUGACUUUGAUCUUGAGACUCGACAUGGUAGCAACUGCGACCGACAUCUCCAAUCACCGGUACCUAUCACUCUCUUCUCUCUGUCUCUUUCUCGAAGGGCGCUGGUCGUAGCUCGCAGCCAGUCUGCAUUCCACUCCUUUGACAGGGUCCUCUCUCGCUCCUUGAGAUGCCCCCUGGCCGAAUCUGAGGCACCCCAUCAUAUCGUUCAAUGGGAUCUCUCUGUUUUUCGUCGGCCACCAUCCUCCGUUGCGAAUCCUUUACGAGUCUCGAGUCCCAGCUGCUCAUCAUUCCGGCGGCGUUGGAGCUUGUCUUUUCGACUGCGUUGGUUUUCACGAAUCGGGGUUCUGGCCGGAGGCACCUUCUUCUGACGGCGGAGGGCUGGUCAUUCUUUGCGCUCGCCUUACUCGAGUUGUUGUCACACACCAUUCCCGCUGUGCGGGGUAGCGUGUCGACGUUUAGCAUUGUGGAUAUCGUGCUCGGAGCUACUUCGUUUCUUCCUAUUUUCUUUUACACCUUUUAUGUCUAUCUUUUCACAAGCGGGGAACUCGUCGAGGCUCUGCCCAAGAGAUCUCAGCGCGUCGCUAAUGUCCUGCUUCUGCUCAUGAUCCCUGGUAUUAUUGCUUUGAACGAGCUGUCCUCGUUUAUCGGAAUAUCGCGCCGCCAGAUCUUCCAGAAGGGCACGGCUGUCUUGGCAAUUGGCUUCGCCAAUGACAGGGACAAACAGCUGUGGACUUUCUUCACCAGCCUCACACUCGCGCUGCUCACUGCCUUCGAAGCCAUCAACUUCUGCUUCGCCUUCUACCGGCUCGUUCGCGCCUUCGUCGACCAGCGCCGCAUCGAAACCACGUCGUCCGAUGAAGCCCAUGCGUUGAAGGGAAUCGGGUGGAUUUCGGGGGGCUUCAAGCUCGGAGCCAUCGAAACCGUCAUCGGAUUCGCGCAAGGCGGUUUCGGUGGUGCUCUGACCAGACGCAUUGUGCGUUUGCUUGCUCGGGCCAUCCUCAUCGUCGGCAUCAUGAAAGGGGUUGAUCGUUUGGACGACUUCACUGAAGUCACCAGGGAACUUGAUGCUGCCAAACGGCCCAGGAGAUCCCGGUUCUUGAUGAUCUCGAACCCACGGUUCAGCACAUUCCGACAGCUCUCGCCAACUGCUGAAGAUUUCUACUCUGCUCCUAGAGCCAACCCCGUGAUCGUCGAACCAGAACCGGAGAUGAUGGAAGUUGGACGGACUGUCUCCGCGCAAUACUCGGCGCGGGAGUCCACCCGGAGUGAUUUUUCUCAGAAGAUGGCGGAAUUCACGCAGAUCAAGCAACAGCAUGCGGGGGACACGCUGGAGGUUCCCAAGCAAAGAGUCACGGUUCAUUUUGGCGACAAGGGCGCGCCUUCGCUGCAGAUGCGUUUUUCGCAUCUCGACAUGCCUAGUCCAGCUGUUAUUGCAGACAGCGUGAAAGCCCGACCCGUGUCGCCUAGCUGGAUGUCUAUGGCCCAAUCUUCGCAGUACAACCCGAGCAUAGCUCCUUCGUUUGCCUUCGAUCCUCCGCAGCCGAUUCCCACGACCUAUCCCAAAUAUGUUGCUGGCGGAAACGUUGAAGUCGGAUCGCAGUACUCACGAGCGCUCUCCUCUGCAGAACUUCCCCAUCGCCGGGGAAUGUCGGAAUUCAGCACUCGUUCGUCAAACACUUUGGCUGCGAUGCGGAAGCUCGCCGAACAGUUCCCUGGUCCACCCGUCACGGAAGCUGUGCCUGGUUCUCCGGUGUCUCGGGCGAGCACGUGGUAUCCGGAGCCGCAACCAAGCAGCACGUUCGACGCCGCAGUCGUUCCCGACUCACCCGAGCCUGCAUUCUACACCUAUGACAGUCCAGUCUCUCCAACAAGUGACACCGAUUCGUACGCCUAUUCUCCCCCGGUCCGUAAUCCCGCUUUCGAGAGUCCACCGGCUGUUGCUGGUCGCUCGCGAGCGAUGAGCGGAGCAACCACCGGGCCGGAGAGUGGGACCUACUUCUCUCGUAUGUCGCACGAGCAGUCGGCGACCACGGCCUCGACGUCAACCAAUCCAUUCUAUUACGAUGAAAUGGGAGAUACCAAAGGCAAGGGUCGGGCGUAUCCGAUGAUUCUUCCUGUGAACAUGGAGGAUGGACCGAAGAGUGCAGAGGCCAACCCCCGGACGUCGGCUGCGUUGCUCCAGAUGAUGCAGCAAGGCGACGGGGCUGUGCACAAAGCGUGGACCCCGCCGGAAUUGACCCCGGCAGAAUCCGACGCGACAGCCAAGCCGCCCGUCGCCGAUCUUGCGACCAUGAGCAGCUCGUGGCUGGCCAGUGAGGAUGAAGGCGACGUUGACGACACCGAAGCCGAUCACGAGGCACCGGUUUGGGCCACUGCGUCAAAGGUUCCGGUGCCCGUCCGCGUCAAGAGUGUCGGCCGAGUGAAGGCACCCCGCAAAGCAACGCCUGCACCGCUUGCUCCGUCACGGCAUGUCGCGCGUGGAAGUGUUCAUAUCCAGCCGAUCACUGUCCCGCCGUCCGGGUUUGCGUCCGAGGUCCAGAUUGUGCAGGGAUCCAGCAGUGCUGAUAGCUUCAAGAGCGAGUUUUCCGAUAGGCAUUGAAGAACGCGUGUAUUGUUUGUACUGAUAACAUAAUUGGUCUUUUGAGGGGGGUAGAAUUAAGGGCUGCUCUCUCGUUUGUUAUACUUAUAAAUUCUUCUCAAGUUCAACGUUGAAAGAUCUAGAAGACAGGAAAUCAUAUGGAAGGCAAACUACUUCCACACAUAUCAGACCUAUUUCACACCAAUCAUAGUGGCGAUUGGGUAUGUAUGAUAUAUUGAGAAAGACAGUGCAUCUUCAUAGAUUCAGAAGGACAGGGUAGUCAUUCAAACCACCGGUGGCAAGAUGCAUGAACUGGGAGCAGAUGUGUGAACGAUAGUUGAACUUAUCCCAAACGCAAAGUCCAUAGAUUUAGACCAAGAAACAUUCGGGAGCAAAGCGGACAUGUUCGAACAGUGAUGGGAUGGAUCUUCUUGGGACUACUCAUAGGUCAUGUGAUCCAGCGGGUCCGAUUGCCGGAUCGGAUCUCGGGCCGCAUUCCCGUCAAUCAGACUACUAUAUGGUCGUCUUGAAGGGCCUCCAGUUCUCAGAAUUGGACUAUGCCUGCAAAGACCGCAAUUGUUACAGGCGCAUCUUCAGGAAUCGGCCGUGAAUGCGCGAUCGCGCUGUCCAAGGCAGGAUGGAAUGUAGUCUUAGCGGCGCGUCGGCUGGACGCGUUAAACGAGACCGUCGCCUUAUGCACCUCGCCCGACGCGUGUCUGGUUUCGGUGGGCGAUAUCACGGAUGAAGUGUUUGUCAAGCAGAUGUUCGCGGACGCGGUGGCCAAGUUCGGCAGGCUGGACGUUUUGUUCAAUAACGCUGGAGUCGGCUCACCCGCUGUCCCCUUCGAGGACCUGUCUCUAGAGACCUUCCUGAACGUCCUGAACAUCAACGUCGUUGCUUCGUUCCUCUGCGCCCGGGAAGCCGUGCGCGUAUUCAAGAACCAGACGCCCUCAGGCGGUCGGAUCAUCAACAACGGCUCGAUUUCCGCACACACACCCCGGCCCAUGUCGGCGCCGUACACGGCAGCGAAGCACGCCAUCACGGGUCUCACGAAGAGCAUCAACCUCGACGGCCGCGAGGUCGGGAUCACCUGCACGCAGAUCGAUAUCGGGAACGCAGCGACGGCUAUGACUGAGCGCAUGAAGGAGGGCGUGCUCCAGCCGGACGGACGGCGCGUACCCGAAGACACGUUCGCGGUCGAGCACGUCGCGUCGUCGAUCGUGUACAUUGCAGGUUUGCCGAAGGAUGUUUGUGUGCCGAGUUACACCAUCAUGGCUGCGAGGGCGCCGUUUGCAGGCAGAGGUUAAUAUGUUGUAGAAAUAUCGAAGAAGUUGAGAACGCAGCCGCAUCGACACGUGUUCUUUGAGCCACAAGCAUCAGUCUUUUGCUUUGCUUGCUUUGGACGGCCUUUCGUGGGUGGCA